UAUAAUUUGCUCGUUCGCUAUCUCCCUACUUUAAAUGACUUGUCUCACGGAGGCCCAGGGACCUAUAGACAGAUAAACAUAUAUCUAUGCAUGCAUAUGUGUAUGUACAUGUAUAUACUAUGGGGGUAAAGUUACUGCCACACGCUCUCUCGCCUUCGUGGGACUCGAAAGAAAAGAGGGAAUAGAGGCAGUCCGGGUCUACCAUCGGCAGGUUAUAGAUAUGACGUCUGGGAAGUUAAACGUCCUUUUGAGUCUGUUCUGUGUGACCGUGCGCGUGGCACGUGGGCUGGAGACCCCCUCUUCCCCCAGUUCAUCCCAGAUGUACGUGUUGGCGGUAAUACAAAACUGCACGUGUGCCGUGGUGUCCACGUAUUAUAACCAGGCGUAUGAAGACCGCCAGUCCAUUCUGCGGGCCGGGUCAGCCGCACUCAGGGCAGCAGUUGGUUGCUUCUCGGGUCACCAGGACAGCGGCUUUGAGGAACUGAAAUGGAUACAUACUAACAUCAGCCAGGAACUAGCCCUCGCAGUCACAGAUGAUCUAAACCAUCGUAAAAUACUAUGCGCAGAAGAUGCUGUGCAGGAUGCAGGAAAGGGUUUCUUUCGGCACGUGGAGCGCGUCAUUUACGGCUUAAACUUUUGCCAAGCAGAGGAGGACUUUCUACAGAACGAAGCCUCGCUGUGCCCUGACGUCACUCUCAACCGCGUAUCACGUGGUUUUCACAUGUUUUGGAAAGGAAUAUCACGAUUUAUAAAGCAGUGGAACUUUUGUCAUUUAACAAGUUGCUGAUAAUAGAUGUAUUGUUUCAAGAAACAAGCUCACCUGUGGAGAGGGUGCCCAUCAUUAUAGUCAUGUUCAUCAUCAUCGUAAACGUCAUUACCAUUUGUUUCACUGGCUGCCAAGAGACCCCACAUUCCAUUUUCAUUAUGUUUCUAUUUCAACCGUCUGCGCUAAAUGAACUAUCAUAUAUUAUAACGUAGGCACGAAGUUGCUGUGAAGAUGCGUCGAUUAUGUCUUAUUUAUUUACGUCGUCAUAUUUAUCUUACGGUUGGAAAGGUGGUGGUGAUAGGCCUAAUGAAGACGGAAAUUACGCCUAUAUAAUUUUUGCGGUAUUAGUUAUCGUAUUAAAGAUAAUAAUAUAAAUUAAUUUUAUAUUUAUUAAUAUUAUUAAACAGAUUUGGUCUCAUUUGUUUUCCCAUAUAUAGAUCUUUUCAGUAUUAUUAUGUUUAACAAUGAAAUCGCCAUAUGCAUACUGGUCAUCAGGAAGCCCAUUGGGCCGCACGGAUCGGAAGAUCUUUAUUUAUUUCUUCCUCCUGCACUGGAAAAAAAUUUAAGGUGCUACAAUGUCAACAAUUUCGAUGUAAAUAAACCUCUUAAACUCGCGGUCUUA